AUGAAACAAGAGUGCUCUACUUAUCUCAAGACCAUCGGAGAAAGCAAAGCACUUGCUACUACCUUGAGCGACACUGAGCCUGAGCAUGACUUUGAUAAUGAGGAUGAUGGAAUUCUAAAUGUCUUCACUGCCACUUUUCAAUGCAUAGAUGCUUACCUUGACACUCUUAGUGAUGAGUUGUGUCAAGUGAACACCCGUGUCGGCCGUAUUGCCGGACAGCAAGCUCGCCUUGGUGGUUUCGUGGAGUCUCCCUCUCCUUCUCCUGAGGCAUCCGAGGAUGAUGAAGAUGACUCCGACGACGAUGAUGAUGACUCCGACGACGAUGAUGAUGAUGAGGAUGGGGAUGCGAGCUCACCUAGUGAUGAUGAGAUGUCUAUUUGA